GUGGCGGGAGUUUGCGGCUGCCUGGGUUUGGGUUGCUGAGUGUCCCUGGCGGCGCAGCCUUAGGCCUGGGGGGCUACAGAGAUGCAGUUUUCCCGGAAUAGUAAUCGCCGCCUGCGAUGCUCCCCGUUGGCCGAAAUCUACCCGUUCCCUGUUCAGUUCUAUGAGCAGCCGCCGACCGAGAACAUCUCACUGCAGGAUUUCGAGAGCUUCGCAGUGGAGAGGCUGAAACUUCUCAAGAGUAUAGAAACUAUUGGCGUUAGCUACAUCAGGGCAUCAGAAGCUUAUAACAAGAAACUGGAAAAUGAGCUUCGAAAGCUGAAGUUUCCCUACAGAGUUUCAAGUGAAGAGAAGCUAGAUGAUUAUGAAUUAAGGAGGAAAGAUCACAUCUCUCAUUUCAUACUGCGUCUUGCUUACUGCCAGUCGGAAGAGCUGAGACGAUGGUUUAUCCAGCAGGAGUUGGACAUUUUCCGUUUCCGAUUCAAUGAGCUGCAGGACAAACAGCAAGACUUUCUCAAGCACAAUAAGUUGGAGUAUCAAACUAUUGAUGUGGAGGAAAAAGAGCAUACGAAACAAAAGCUGGCUGACUCGGGUGGAUACAGUCUGGUCCAAAUAAAUGAAUGGUUGUUUUACAAGGUUUAUUUUGCUGAUGUUUUAGAGCUAGUCCGAGUUCGGAAAGUCUUUGUGAAAGAUGGUUUUGCGUACAUACCUCACCCAGAGAUCGUGAUUAUAGUCUUGAAUGAUUUCCGACAGCGGCUCUCCAAGUCUUUGGCAAUUGCGUCAAGAUCACUGCCUGUUAUACAAUCAGAUGAGCGACUCCAGCCCCUGCUGAACCACCUCAGCCAUGCGUAUGUUGGACAGGACUAUAGUGUUCAGAAGAACAUUGGGAAGAUUUCAUUGGAACAGAUUGACAGUCUGGCUGCAAAAUCGUAUCCACCAUGUAUGCGUCAGUUACACAAAGCUUUACGGGAUAACCAUCACCUCCGACACGGUGGCCGUAUGCAGUAUGGGCUCUUUCUCAAGGGGAUAGGCAUCACCUUGGAGCAGGCCUUGCAGUUCUGGAAGUCAGAAUUUAUAAAGGGAAAAGUGGACCCAGAUAAGUUUGAUAAAUUAUAUUCCUACAAUAUACGCCACAACUUUGGAAAGGAAGGGAAGAGAGUGGACUAUACCCCAUUCAGCUGCAUGAAGAUCAUUAUGUCGAAUCCGCCAAGUCAAGGGGAUUAUCAUGGAUGUCCAUUCCGCCACAGUGAUCCUGAACUUCUGAAGCAAAAGUUGCAGUCCUAUAAAACUCCCUCUGCAGGAAUUAGUCAGAUUCUGGAUUUAGUCAAAGGGAUGCAUUACCAGCUGGCCUGUCAGAAAUACUUUGAGCUAACCCACAAUAUUGACGAAGUAGGAUUUUCCCUAAGUCAUCCAAAUCAGUACUUCAUUGAGAGCCAGAAAUUCCUCAGUGGCAGCCGAGAUGUCAAGAAAGAGUCCAGCCAGCCAGAAAAUUCACAGCGUAGCCAAGGCAGCCAGCCUACAAGAAGCACGAGCACCUGUGCCUCUAAACCUGCAAGCCAGGCAGUGUCAGCUGACAUAGAGGGUUUAGAAGAGCUUCUUAGUGAAGGAUACACCGAGUGAUUAUUGGUGACAUUGGUAUCCAACGAAAUGCAUUUUGGGUUAUCAUGUAUCCUAAAGUGACUCUCACAUUCUUGUCAUCUUUCUUUUUUUCCCUUCAAAUGAGUAAGCUUCAGAAAAAUUGGAUGGUCUCCAGAAUGAGCUGAAAACAAGUACAUUAACUUGAUUGAAAUAUUACGACCAAAAAAAAAGACCUUAUAUUGUUACUUAGAUAUUGUCGCUUGCGCAUCUUGUGUCAGUUGCCUGGGAAUGAGUAAUGUAGUUGAUAUAGAUAAUGCAAGAUGAUGCCCAAGGCAUAGUGAUAUCCUUGGACUAAAAAAAUGUUCUCAUUCCACUAUGUUCUACAUGUACUAAGGGGUGAAUAAUAUGUUGGUGCAGUGCCUUAAUAUUCCGCUUUAGGAUACUUUUUCAAAUUUUUUAUAAAGAGAAGAAAUAUUCAAGCCCAGCCUACUGUAGUCUAGUGAAUGCAAUGGCAUUGCACACUUGGUAGCAUUUGACAAAUCAGUCCCUUUCUUCUCCACUAAACCACAUCAUUGCACUGCAAUUGUGUUCCAUGGUUAAUGGCUUCACCAUCAUUAGCUAAUAUUAUAGGCUUCAUUGCGUUGUAAUGUGAUCUGUUCUUUCUCAUUGCCCAUCAGGUGAAGCAUAAAUUAGGUGUAUAACAUCUUGUGUCACACUUGCAGGUUUCCAGAAGAGGAGCAUAUCUGAAUUAGUGUUCAUUUUCAUAAUCGCUUUUUGUGUUCAGGAUUGCUUGAUAUGCAAAAUAAAUCAAUGGAAAAGCAAUUGUUUUUUUAACCAGACCUGAUUUUCCUCCAAUCUUAAGCCAAUGUUUUUUAUCAAGAGCAUAAUUUAAAAAGCAAAUCUCAAAAGUCACAGCGUGCGAGCCACUUAGUUUGUAGCUUGCAAUUUCUCUCCAGUCUUUGGUAUGAGAACAUAUUUAAGGGUCUGUCUUUUGCUUUCUACUGCACCUGAGCAGCAACAGUAUUGUGGUAGUUGCUUGUGUGUGUGGUGCAAACAGAGGGGUCAUUUUUUUUUUGGUAUGCCUAUUAAUUAUUAAAGAUGCAUUUCUCAUAGAAUGACUCCCUGUAAUUCAUUUUGUGAUCGUGUGUUUCCGGUGGGGUGUCCGCUGAUUUUCUGAGAUGUGGCCCCAAUAGAAUAACGGAAUAUGAAAUCAGCCUAGUGCUGCAGUAGGCCUUGACUUUGUGUUUUGACAAGUCUUCUGAAGAAGGAAUAAAAGCGGACAAAUUGUGUUAAUUCAUCUCUAGUAGGCUGGAAUGUCCUUGUUGAGUGAUAGAGUGCUUAAUAUUGGUGCUGUCCUAAACUAUUGCAGAUGCCCUCACCUUUGUGGGAGGGAAACAUCUAUGCGCACUGAGAACAUCAUUGGAAGAUAAGUUGCAGAGAACACAGCAUGACAGCUUCAAGAGUCUAAUGCCAUGAACUUUAGGAUCGCUAAUACAAAUUGUGAAUUUUUGCUUUUGUAUUAAACAGACUCACAAUAAGCAAAAAUGCAAUUUCUUUUGGAUCCCUGAUGGACAAUUUACAUAGGUUAUCCACUGCAGAUGGGCUACAAGAUCCAGCUUUAACACACAUAACUCUUAACUGCUGUAGAAUUUACGAAGAACAACAAGCUAGUAUGAUGUGAUUUCAGACCCGGCUUUUGCACAGUUAAUGAAUUUCACUUGGAAGACCUCAUGAUUUUCUGUUUACAGAAUGACACUCCUGUUUGCCAGAAGCUGAAUUUCAGUUUUCUAUUUCCUCCUCCAUAUGUCCAUUGCAACAUUUCUUACAUCUGUAUGUGUAUAGCUUAAUUAUGUUGGUGGUACUUGUAUGAUUUUCCUCCUUGCUCCUUAACCAUGGCAUCCCAUGAUGCCAAUGUUAAAAAUGUAAUGGAUCACCAAUGAAGUCUGAAAUCGUAAAGCCUUAAAAGUAUGCAGUGUUAACAAGAAAGUAAUUUUUAUAAAUCAAAACUAGUCACUUGUUUUCAUUAACUUUCAAGGGUUUUGUAAAGUUAUAAUUAAAAGCUUUUGAAACAUAAUAAAGAAGUUGUUCAAAUUAA